CCUUUCAACACUUUACACACAAACUCCAACACUCUAACUCUAACACAUCACAUUAAAAAUACACAAUACAAAAACAAAAAAAUACUGAAAAAUAUAAAAAAAAAAAUAAAAUAAAAUGUCUUAUAAAAAUGAAAAUAUAUUUUUCUCAAACUUGGAACCACUAAAACAAGACUUUCUAGUACACCAAUAUCCCGAAGCCAAUGAGUCAUUCCUUAAGCAACCCUCAAAAGUCGAAGAUGUACUUGAGUACCUUGAGACUAUAGAAAAUGCCAAUAAGAUGGAUUCCGCGAAGGCUAGAAAAUCCACAGUUGACCGCAAAUCAUUGGAUAUGAAUUUGGAUUUUAUGGUCACUUUGCGAAAGGUCUCAAACACCGAGACAUACUCCAGACGAGGCAAAUCAAAAAAACUUCCACUAAAUACAAAUCAAUUUACUUUUAUGCGACAAAUUAAUCAAGAGCCACAGGAUCGCCUUUUGGUCCGGUUAGAAAGGGAAAGUGUGGCCGAUACAUUUCGUCGAUUGGGAAAUUUCGAGUAUCGAAAAAGAAGAUUCGAUGAGGCAAUAAACUAUUAUACAAAAGGACUUACAUAUGUAAAGGAUACUCCAGUUUUAUAUCUAAAUCGCGCCAUGUGUUUUAUAAAAUUGAGAGAAUACAAGCGUGGUAUUAUGGACUGUGACUAUAUCCUUGCUUACAUAGAUGAAAAAAAUGUGCGUGCUUGGCUUUAUCGUGCUGCGGCCUAUAAGCGACUGAGUGAUGAAUACAAUUACGAUCACAGUGUCUAUAAAGCGAGGAUAUUAAACCACACAGAAACUGAGUUUAUAGAUGAUUUUUUGGAGAAAUUGAGAACGCAACUUUAGGCAGCAUCAAAAUCAAGAUACGUAAUAAUGAAAUAUUUCCUUAAUUCGGAGAUUACUUAAAUAAAUCUUGGUUAACAGCAAA